AUGCUCUAUCUACUGGCAGUAUUUGCCAUCAUACCGGCGGCAAAAGCUACUUUUGGUGGCUGCUGUCAAGCACUUCCUCCUCCAUGUCCUCCACCGCCAGUAUGUGCACCACCACCUCCGCCAUUACCAUGUCCACCACCGCCAGUCUGUCCACCACAGUUCUGCCCUCCUCCACCAAUUUGUCCCCCACCGCCGCCACCACCACCUCCGCCAUUGUGCCCACCUCCACCGCCACCUCCGCCACCAAUGUAUCAGCCGUGCCAGAGUUAUGCUCCAGCGCCGGUCUUCCAGCAGUAUGUUGCUCCUCCACCAGCUGUGGAUUGCUGUUGUCGUUGUGCAGUGCCUUGCAGAUUUGCUCGUGCUCGUUACAGGCAUAAAACCCAUGGAUCAAAGAUAUUCGCUGCUGAAUCCCUGGAGGAAGAAGAGGAAGCCACAUGCAAUAACAAAAAGCUUAAAGUGAUUAUCGAGGAUAAUAUGACCACUGACCCGACCAUCUCCAAGCGAGCAAUCCAGAAAGCUGCUGAAGAGAAACUAUUUGGCAAAUUUAACGUCAUCUGUGCCAAAGGCGACUUCAGCUACAUUGCUUACACUGAAACAUUCUGUCAAGCGUCAAACGAAGAUGUCACAUGCUAUGCUUUCAAACCAAUGUAG